GCAUCUAUCUAUCUAUCUAUCUAUUCAGCGAAUGAUAUCUAUUUCUCUACUUUACUUUCGAGAUCACUCCACCUUGAGUCUUCCAAAGGCGGAUCGCCAAUACGCGUGGGCUCGUAUAUACAAUUUCCCCAGACAUGCAAGAACAUCCGGUAUUACGUACUGUAAACGCUCCAAUCUUUCACGUCCCCUGCUCAGUUUCCCGUGAGAGCAGGCCAUGUCUUCCAGAGAGACGAGAGACGGGUCCCCGCACGAAAACACCCGCAGAAGCAUCGCGUGGGAGGACGUAUGUCCACGACGCACACGCAUCCCGCCCAUCCCUCCUGCGCGCCCGUCCCACACUCAUUCCAAGUCGGCGUGCACACGGAAAAAGCAGAUGGCCAGUGUGUCGCUCACGAGUCGGGGACGUGGCGCGAGUCCGGGAGUGUACAUACACGACGGAGGGAGCCCCCUUCGCGAGUGCGGAGCCUGUCCCCGCAUUGCGGAAAUAGGACGUCGCUGGGGGGGGGGGGGAGUCCCCUUUCCUUUUCGUGUCGCGUGUCGCGUCCAAACGGCGGUGUAUUUCCGCGCGCCCAUCUUUUUUUGUUGGUUUCCGUCUCCCGCGCAUCUCCUACGUAUCGCCGCGGUACCUGUAGAUGUAGAAGGUGACAGUACAGCCGGCAUCCCUGGUUGGACACCGGACUCCUUUUUUCAUUGCGCGAUAUAUAUAUAUAUACGCAUCACGGCUGUCCGGACCCCUGUCAGAGCGGACCGCCGCCCGAGACCAGAUCCCCGGGGACCUUGCGGACCGCCCGGGGUAUUUUCCACGGAAGUCGUGACGUGCGUCCCCAUACCCGCCCGUGAUACGGGCUCAACACAGAAGCAUAUCGGGUGAGGGGUCGGUGUAGGUGCGCGGGUGUCGACGGUGGAGGGGGUGGACGGACAACCCACUCGGCUAGGGUUGUACGACGCC